AUGCCCGAACGUUGGGUGCUCCCGCUUUUCGUAGUAACAAUGCUCAGUUCAGUGCAUCGGUGCAAUGUGGUCGUCUUCUUUUGCGUGGUCGAAAAAAUAGCUUCUCCAGAAAGUCGCAUCGUGGGGAAUGUGCGAGUCAAUGUUACAGAGUCCGACCUACCGUACGUCUGCUCCUUGCGCCUUCAAACCGUGCAUCGUUGCUGUGCGACCAUAUUGAAUCCGAACUGGUUGUUAACUUCCGGUCAUUGUAUUACCGAUCUUCCCGUCGAUGCAAUCUCUAUCGUUUGCGGUAUCCACAUGUACCGCUUCGUGUCGCAGAUUGUGCCCCAUCCAAACUUUGACGCAAACAAGUGGACAGGGCACGAUCUAGCGCUGCAUAGGAUGCGGAAUGCACUAAACUUUACAAGCAACGUGCAGCCGAUUCCGUUGCACGAUGGGGCGGAACUUCCUGUGGACGGAACAUCCGGGAAAGUAACCAUCGUUGGCUAUGACCGAUUCCGGUUCGAGGAUGAGAGUGGAUCGAAUUGGUGGAAUCCCAUGCUUCAGAUGGCAGAUGUGCCGAUACUAUCAUCCUGCGAAUGUCAGCAGCGUCUAGGACCAAUGCUGUCCACUUAUCUGACAGACGUAAACAUCUGUACUGAUAACGUUGCGUCAACUUUACCGGCGAUAGACGGAACGUCAACGUGUCUCGGUGAUUCUGGUGCGCCGGUAAUGAUUGCAACCGAACUUCAACCCUACAAUUUGUUGGCCAUUCCCUCCUGGACGGUAGCACCCUGUGGGACGGGACCAUCAGUGCAUGUUCGCGUUGCGCCGCAUCUCGAUUGGAUUUUAACCACUAUCGGUGUCAAUUAA